AGUCAGAGCGGAGCGAAUGCGGAGGAGGAGGAGGAGGCAGCCGCAGCCGCAGCAGCCGGGCCUCUGCCGGGGCCCCCAGGAAGGCUGGGCAGCCGCUCAUCUGACUCAGAUUUAGCACGAGGACUAAGCUGGGUCUCCACGGCACCCGCUGCAGCAGCCCUGGGGGAGGGCGGGCAGAAGCCCACGGGGCCCAGGAAGGCCUCCCUGGAGAGGCCCAGCGCAAGCGAGCUCAGGCAGGCAGGCAGCAGGGGCCUCGCUGCCUGGAUCCACUGCCCAUGAUGGCAGCCUGUCGCUGGGAGGUCGGACGGGGCUGGCCUUAGAGAUCCCUGGCGGCGGGGGCGGAUUUGUCAGCCCCUCAGUUCCUACGAUGCUUGUGGGGGCUGGACUGAAUGCCCUCUCAGGGUCCCGCCUCUCUGCGGGUCUUCUGUGGUUCUGAGAAGGGGAACAAGGAGCCUGGCAGAAUUCCACUGAGGGCCCCCCUUCUUCUCGGAGGCAGGAAGAAGCACAAGCUGGAGGAGGAGGAGGAGGAGGACUGCCCCGCCAGCAAGAGGCGGCCGACGGCAGCGGCGCUGACUGCCGACCGAGGCGAGCAGUGGCUUCUGGCCCCGGCGGGCGCUGCCCAGGGCGGGCGCUGCCUUCCGGGCACGCCUGCCAUGCUGGAGGCCCCCUGCGAGGACAUGGAGCAGGCCGUGGCCGAGCAGCCGGGCGAGGCGGCCCGCCGGACGCUCCAGGAGAUCGAGGACAGAAUAACUGACGACGAUGAGGACGCGGCCGUGGAGAGGAGCGGCAGCCACCUCCCCACCCUCGUCCUGUCCGACACGCUGAAAACGGGGCUGAAGCGGGGCUACGAAGAGGCCCUGACCAAGAAGAUCAUUGAGUCCAUGAGCCGCCCCUCCAUGGAGCUGGUGCUCUGGAAGCCUCUCCCGGAGCUCCUCACGGAGACAUCCAAGUCCGUUUCCUUGAAGAGCUACAAGCCCCAGGCAGAAGAGGGCUCUGCCCAGCCCGGCCCCCUCCGCCCUGCCUUCUGCCCGCUGACCACGGAGACGUUCUCGGUGCCGCCGCCGCCGCCGCCGCCACCCGUGGAGAUGCCUUCGGACCUCUAUGGUGCUGUGGGGCCUCCUGGAGGCUCAGAGGAGGAGAUGGAACUCUAGUGCCCACAGGGGGGAUUCCCUGCGUCUCUCUUUUGCUCUCCAAGCAUGCCGCGACUGGAUUGUUGAGGGAGGGGUGUGUGCGUGCGCGCAUACCGGGCGGGGGUGGUCAGCGCAAGAGGCCAGGGCGGAUGGCCACAGAUCCGCAUGGCGGUGGGGAAAGGCGUUUUGUGCAGCAGCAGCCGUUGCUGCUCUCUCCCCCGUCCCACCAGAGAGCCAUGCUGCCUGCAGGGCUCUACCUGUCGAGUGGCCAGCCUGCAGGCAGUGGGAGAGGAGCAACCCCAGCUACUUUGCCCCCGGGUACUUAGGACGAGUCACUACUGCUUGUACAGCCCCCGGAAACAAGGAGCUGUGGGUCUUUCCGUUUCCCCUUCAGUCCAGGCAGGUUGCUUCACUUGGCGGUAAGCCGUGCCUCCUCAUUCAGAAACAUCGGACUGCCGCACUCUGGUUUCAGCCACUCCGGAUGCCUGCUGAGCCACGCAGCUCCCUUCGUUCGCUCUGGAGUUCCAGGGGAGGUGUGGCCGUGGGCUGCAGUGGCCCCGGGCUGCAGUGGCCCCCAGGCAAGCGGCUUGUGUGGGGCUGCCGCCUUGCUGUGGAGCAAGAGCAGGGAACUGCUGGGCCCCAUGCCACUUGGCCCUGGUGGAAGGGACGGCUGUGGGCCCUUGGGGCUGCCGAGGCACGGAUGUGAUGUGUGCAUGGGUGUGGAGGAGCAGCACCCUGGCCAGGAGGACUUCACAGGCAGGCAGGCAGGCAGGCAGGCAGGCAGGCAGGCCGGCCUUGGCUGAGCUGCAGAGAGCCAGACUCCAAGCCUAUGCCACAGAAAAAGCCUAGAGGAGGCCUUGCCCUGCCUGAAACAUCAGACAGGGCCCUGCUCCUCUUCGCUGGUGCCUGGCACACUCGGGCCACUGAAGGCAUCAGCACCGGGCUCGGCCCAGGAUUGCGCCCGCUCUCUCCCCUCGGGCUCUCACACAAGCUCUUGCAGGAAGAAGCUUCUCCGAGGGAGACGGCAGCAGCUCAGAGGCGACAUCGUGGGCCUCUCCAAGGAGCUGCGUGGAAGGCAUGGCCAGGGAGGCCUGGAAGCCCUUCUGCCCGCCUCAGUUCCGCCUCGUGUGUGUCUUGUCUCCACUCACCACCCUUUUCUGCUGUGUUCUGCCCCAGCCUCCACUCAUGGGAAAAGAGCCUUCGUAGCAAAUAUGCAAACCAAGUUUCUACUUUGAUACUGGAUCUUCAGACCUUUGUUAUGCAGUUCGGAAAGAAAACCUUGCAAUGCCAUGUCUACACCUUCGACGGACUUCUGUCUGGCAAAACUGAGCAAGCGUCUUUGCUCCCACCUGAAGCCUCCCCAGUACAAAGCCUUCUGCCAGGUGCCCUCCAUGGCUCGCCAGCUGAGGGGGCUCCGAGCCCUGAGAGGGAGAGCCCGGUUCUGGGGGCUUCCUGGGCUGGCCUCUCCUGGAGCCACCCCGAGGCCUCACCCUGUGCGUGGCCACCGUGUCCUCUUGCCGGUGAAGACCCAGCCUGGCCUUGAGGAGUGCGUGGGAGCUGACAGGCCUGGCUUUUCCCUGGCGGUGGCCAUGACGAUGCCGUUGCUUAUUAUGAUGUUGGUGGAGUGUGUCUUGUGGAGAGCCAUGUUCGGGGGGGCGGUGUGGGGCCAGAGUUUCCUCCUCCUGCUGAGCCCCCUCUUUCCAGCCCUCUGGUCACUCGCCUGACUUCUGACGCCAGGGACUUCAGGGCUGGCUCUCCUGGAAGCCUGUUUAGAAACCAGUGGAAGCACAGAGGAGUGGCUGGGAGUUUCUUGCUGGGCAGUUUGGUUGAAAUAAGCAGCAUUGGAUUCUGGUCUGUCUUCUGUUGGACCAAACCACAAUUUAUACAUCCCCACUCUCAAUAAACUUUGUAAUCUUUUUUAGAA